GAUGACUAUCUUACCAAGGAAUUCCUGAAGUUUUGUUUCAUACCUAUAAUUCGACGAGAACUGCGUCUCGUGUCAGAACGCUGGAACACUCACCAUAUUCGGCGACAGAGGCAGUGCAACGUAGAAGGCGGUAAACCAGACGUUAUGUUUUUCACUCCUGAAGUUUACGGAAAACAGGACUAUUUAGUAAAUGUAGACAAAGAUGAUAUGAUUGCGUGCAAAGAAAUGCAAGCCGAGAAUUGCGCUGAUUACAAUGAAGAUAUAGAGGAGCUGGUGAGAUUAAUCAAACCAGAUUAUGUUUCACCCUCAAAUGCGUUUGAAGCGGUCAAAUUGUUUUCUGAGAUAGCAGGCGUUUUAAAAAGCAUUUAG